AGCCACCAAGGAACCGGUGGAAGAGGCUUCAAGCGAUGACGACAAUGAAUUCGGGCUCGUCAUCAAAAAGUUCCACAAGUUCAUGAAGAAGGAAUUUGAGCGAAAGGGAAGGAAGCACGACGGUCCUCCCAAAUGCUACGGCUGUGGCGAGAUUGGCCACAUCAAGCCAAGGUGUCCAAAGGCCAAACACGGCAAGGACAAGCCUGGCUUCAAGAAGCAAAGGGCCUACAUCUCUUGGGGUGGCGAUUCCGGCGACGAAUCAACCGACCAAGAGGAGGACGAAGCUGCAAAUCUCUGCCUCAUGGCACACGAAGAUCAAAGCGACGACGUCCAAGAGGACAAGAGCAGGGCCGCCACCUCUAGGAAAUCAAAGUGCAAAUCCCGGGCGCCUACGUCAUCAUCUGAGGAGCGUCUCUACUACGGUGACGGGUCAUACCUUUGGUUUGAUUCCGAGGAGGAGCGCACGCGUUUUCUCACCUUCUUCUCCAAACGGGUUGUGGCUCCCCCACGAAUCAUCCCGGAGCGUUACCCGGAGUUGCAGGGCUACGAAGACCUCGACGCGCAGCUUCAUCAAGCCGGUAUUUGGCCGUUCGUCUCCCGGGCGCGCAAGGAGAUCAACCUGGCGCUGAUCCGGGCCUUCUACUCCAACCUCCGGCGUGAGGACGACGUGCCCUACUCGCUCGUCAAGAGCACGCCGAUCGAGCUCACCGUGGAGCAGCUUGGGCGCAUCGCCGGCCUCCCCUUCCAAGGUGACGAUGUGUCUCACUAUGGUGGAGAGGAUUGGGUGCUCAACAACGAGGGCCUUAUCCUCAAUGAGCUUGGCAUCACCGAGCUCAAACGCCAUGCCUCGGGCCGCCCAACCAUCCACUCUGCCAACCCCGAAGGCCGCCUCGUCCUCUACAUCGUCUCCCGGAUCAUCAAAUCGAGGAAGCACGGCCACACCAUCAUGCACGAUGAAGACCUCAAACUCAUCCAUGCGAUCAUGCAUUCGGCCCCAAUCAAUUGGGCAAAGUUUGUCAUGAUCAACAUGACGAUCGCCGCGUCCACCGACCACGAUCACCUCCUCCCGUACCCGUUUUUGGUGAUGGACAUCCUUGAACGGUUCAAGGUUUUGAUAAUGCCAAACCGCCGCGACAUAUCGAAGCUAAAGUGAGCAAAACUAAGGCGAAGGAACAUGGCAUGAUGACUUGAGAACCAAGAACCCAGAAUCAAGAACGAAGAACUAGAAUU